ACCGAAACAGCCUGCGUGGGAGCGCGUCGCGGCUGCGACAGAGCGCACGUCGGAGCGCAGGAGCGCCGGGCUUGCAGCGCCGGGUGUGCCGCGCCACCAGUGCGGAGGGAACCUCUGGGGCGCGGUCCUUAUCCCUUGGGUGCGCCGUUGCUGUGCGGAGGACGGGCCUGCUGUUCUUCUUCUUCUUGUUCGAAUUUCGGAUUGAGGAUUUUUGAUUCUGGUCGCUCUUUUACUAUUAGGGAGAUUCUGAGAGUUACGACUUACUUCUACAUCUACAUUUCUUCGAGAGGCGUGUUGUUCGUAUCAUUUACAUCCUUUGUAUUGUGUGGAGAGCACGUUGGAGAUCGGCAUUUUACUUCACUUCACACACAUCACACAUCCACAUCUCACAUCCACAAUGCCGGUAGCGAAGAGAUACUGCCUCGAGUACGUCAACGGCACGGUCGAGUGUUUCCGCGAAACGGGGUUCUGGUACACCACGCACGGGCAGGUGAUCAAAUGGUCGAUCCUGGGCAGCCUGUUUGCGCUGUUCAUGCUGUGGUUCAUCGGCGGGUAUAUCCACGCGCGGCGGCGCAUGAAGGCGGGGAAGCCGCUGUUGAAGUACCAUCGGUUCCUCGUCUCCCGCCAAGAUCUCAACCGCCACACCCCCAGCGCCCAAAACAACUUCACCUUCUACGCGCCCCCCUCAUCCCAGCAAAACCCCUACACCGCCCGGCCCAACAACGGGGGUGCCUGGACCGACGCCCCGCCGACGUACACGGGCGACGCGCCGCCGCAGUACUUUGCGCCCGGGGCGCCGAAGCAGGACGCUGGCGGGGUGGAGAUGGGGAUGUAUGGUGGGCCGCCGGUGGGUCAGCAGGUCAGUGGUGUUGUGGGUGCGACUGGUGGAGGGAAUGGAGGGGCGGAUGCAGAGCAAGGACUCCCUCCUCGGCCGCCGCAGAAGGCCAAAGCGGUGCUGAAGGGGUUUACGGAUCGGUUUCGCAAGUAGGCUGGCGUGAGGCGCGGCGGGACGGGAUGUGCAAAAGCAAUGAAAAGGGAAGUGUGGCUGGUUCGUACUUCGGGGGUAUACUAAUUGUUACUGGUACUGGUACUGCGGUGCGGGUUAGCUUUUUUGUAAUUACGGUGCUAGUGCUGUUCAGCGUGCGUUGCGUGCGUUGCUUGGGGGUUUUGUAUGCGUGCGGGUUGACGAGGUUAUGA